GCUUGGCGGCGGCGGGAGCUGCGGAGUCGGGAAUCAAAAUAAAGGGCCUGGGGGGUGGGGGGAAGGCGGCGGUGUCGGAAUGUGAGCGGAGAAGGAGCUAGUGGCUGAGGGUGGAAGAAUGAGAGAAAAGAAAGAUGAAAGAAUGUUGAACCAUAUUGUCUGGCUAUGUGAUGGAAGGGAACGGAACUGAGAACCCUUGCAGCAGGACGCUUGGAUGGUUUCACCAAGAUAAUGAUGCUAAGCCGUGGCCUUGGAAAUUCUCUGGUUGCUUUUCUCGUCCUGAGCAGACAUUGCCUCUUAGUUCCCAAACGAAAGAGUACAUGGAGAACAAGAAAGCUGCUGUGGAAUUAAAGGACAUACCAUCUCCCCUUCCUGUUGGCUCUAAAUUUUUCCCAGCAGUCCCACUUCCUGAUAUUCAUUCUCUUCAGCAACCUAAAGUACAGCUCUCAGCUAUUCCCAAAGUAAGCUGCUGUGCACAUUGCCCUAAUGAACCCUCCACUUCACCCAUGCAUUUUGGUGGUGGCAGUGACAGUAGUGGAGGUUCUGGGAGCUUGGUUCACACGGGCUCACUCUUAGACUCACCAAGCACCGGGACAGUCACGUGUCAAGUAGGGUCAGGUUUUGCUUUCCAGUCUGUGUCUUCACUGCAGAAUGCCUCCACUAGGAACAACUUGGUGGGCCUUGCGAGUGACUUCCCCAGCAUGUGUGUAGAGAGUAACCUACCUUCCUGCAAGCACCUGUCGUGUUGUGGGAAGCUCCAUUUCCAGUCAUGUCACAGUAAUGUACACAAGCUGCAUCAGUUCCAGACUCUCCAGGGCUGUACCUCUGCUGGCUAUUUCCCCUGUUCUGAUUUCCCAAGUGGGGCUCCUGGGCAUUUGGAAGAGCGCCUUUCCCAUUCAGAGCUUACACCUCACUUGUGCACCAACUCUCUUCACCUAAAUGUGGCACCUCCGGUUUGUUUAAAGGGCUCACUUUACUGUGAAGACUGUCUAAACAAGCCAGCAAGAAAUAGUAUAAUUGAUGCUGCUAAAAUCUGGCCAAAUAUACCACCUCCAAAUACUCAGCCUGCACCUCCAGCUAUUCCUCUGUGUAAUGGCUGUGGAACAAAAGGCAUGGAAAAGGAGACCUCCUUGUUGGCAACUGGUCUAGGCAAAACUGCUUCAAAAUUUGGGUCACCAGAAGUUGCAAUCACUGGACAGGUGCUGGAGACCCUCCCACCCAUUGGCGUUUUCUGGGAUAUUGAGAAUUGUUCAGUCCCCUCUGGCCGGUCAGCAACAACUGUUGUACAGAGAAUCCGGGAGAAGUUUUUUAGAGGACACAGAGAAGCAGAGUUUAUCUGUGUGUGCGACAUCAGUAAAGAAAACAAGGAAGUUAUUCAAGAGCUGAAUAAUUGUCAGGUAACUGUUGCUCACAUAAAUGCUACUGCAAAGAAUGCUGCUGAUGAUAAACUCCGUCAGAGCCUGCGAAGGUUUGCAAAUACGCACACUGCUCCAGCUACUGUGGUUCUUGUGUCAACUGAUGUUAAUUUUGCAUUGGAACUCAGUGAUCUUAGACACCGGCAUGGUUUCCACAUCAUUUUGGUACAUAAAAACCAAGCCUCUGAAGCCUUGUUACACCAUGCUAACCAGCUGAUCAGAUUUGAAGAGUUCAUUUCUGAUCUACCCCCCAGGUUACCACUGAAGAUUCCUUGCCACACUCUACUCUAUGUUUAUAACCUGCCAGCAAAUAAAGAUGGCAAGAGCAUCAGCAACAGGCUCAGGCGCCUCUCUGAUAACUGUGGUGGCAAGGUGCUGAGUAUCACAGGGUGCAGUGCGAUUCUCCGCUUCAUAAACCAAGACAGUGCAGAGCGGGCCCAGAAGCGAAUGGAAAAUGAAGAUGUCUUUGGCAACAGGAUCAUUGUGUCCUUUACUCCAAAACAUAGAGAAUUCUUUGAAGCCAAGAGUUCAAAUGCUAUUGCCGAUAAAGCAAAGUCUCCCAAAAAAGUUAAGAACACAAAAUUGUGCCUCAUCAAAGACACAAGUGAACAGUCACCCAAUGUCAAAGCCAUGCCUGGGAAAGAGUUGCAGGCAAAUUCUGGAUCUGCUGUAAAAAACACAAACAUUAAAAGUUUACAGGAGCUGUGCCAAAUGGAAUCGAAGACUGGCAAUAGAAACAGUGACCACCAACAAGGCCAUGGGAGGGUGGCAGCACUGCCUAACAGUGGCCCGACUCCUUCAGUGCCCAUCCUGAAGAACACAGUUGUGGCGGAGCCACUUUACAGAAGCAGUCAGAAAAAAGAGAACCUCAGUUCCCAGAGCACUGCCAGCUCUCCUGUAGAGAGGAAGAAGAGAGAAGAGUCUGUCUUCCAAGUAAGCUACCCAUCUGCAUUCAGCAAGCUGAUCGCCGCAAGGCAGGCCAGCCCUCUGCUCACCUCUCAGUCUUGGUCUCCGAGGAGUAUGUCUCCAGACCUUUUGAAUAGAGCCUCACCACUUGCUUUCAACAUUGCCAGUCCCAGUACCGGUGCUGACUGCCCAGACCCAUUUGCAAAUGGUGUUGACGUCCAGGUCAGCAAUGUGGACUACAGGCUGUCUCGGAAGGAGCUGCAGCAGCUCCUUCAGGAAGCCUUUUCCAAGCAUGGCCAGGUGAAGAGUGUUGAGCUCAGUCCCCAUACUGAUUACCAGCUCAAGGCCAUUGUGCAGAUGAAAAACCUGCACGAAGCAAUCUGUGCAGUGAACAGCCUCCACAGGCACAAAAUUGGCAGCAAGAAGAUAUUGGUCUCACUCUCCACAGGAGCUGCCAACAAGUCACUCUCUUUACUAAGUACAGAAACAAUGUCUAUUCUUCAGGAUGCUCCUGCCUGUUGUUUGCCUCUCUUUAAGUUUAUAGACAUCUAUGAAAAGAAGUAUGGACACAAGUUAAAUGUGUCUGAUUUAUAUAAAUUAACAGACACGAUUGCAAUCCGUGAACAGGGAAACGGGCGGUUAGUGUGUCUCCUUCCGAGUAACCAGGCCCGCCAGAGCCCCCUGGGCUCUUCCCAGUCACAUGAUGGCUCCUCCACAAACUGCAGCCCAGUUCUGUUUGAAGAGUUGGAGUAUCAUGAACCUGUCUGCAAGCAACACUGCUCUAACAAGGACUUCAGUGAACUUGUAUUUGAUCCAGACUCUUACAAGAUUCCUUUUGUGGUUCUCUCUUUGAAAGUGUUCGCACCUCAAGUUCAUAGUCUUCUGCAGACCCACGAGGGCACUGUGCCUUUGCUAAGCUUUCCAGAUUGCUAUGCUGCGGAGUUUGGCGACCUAGAUAUUACGCAAGACAGCCACAAGGGUGUCCCCUUAGAGCACUUCAUCACCUGCAUUCCAGGAGUGAACAUCGCCACUGCUCAGAAUGGCGUCAAAGUAGUGAAGUGGAUUCACAACAAGCCCCCACCUCCCAACACUGACCCUUGGCUUCUUCGUUCUAAAAGUCCUGUGAGAAAUCCUCAGCUGAUUCAGUUCAGCAGAGAAGUCAUUGAUUUACUGAAGAACCAGCCAUCUUGUAUACUACCAAUCAGCAAUUUCAUCCCUUCAUACCAUCACCAUUUUGGAAAGCAGUGUCGGGUUUCAGACUAUGGCUAUUCCAAGCUGAUUGAACUACUAGAAGCUGUGCCUCACGUCUUGCAGAUUCUUGGAAUGGGCUCCAAGCGUCUGCUGACCCUCACUCAUAGGGCCCAGGUGAAGCGCUUUACUCAGGAUUUACUAAAACUUCUCAAGUCCCAGGCCAGCAAGCAGGUCAUCGUGAGAGAUUUCUCACAGGCUUAUCAUUGGUGUUUCUCAAAGGACUGGGAUGUCACGGAAUAUGGUGUUUGUGACUUGAUUGAUAUAAUAUCAGAGAUCCCAGACACAACUAUUUGCCUGUCCCAACAAGAUGAUGACAUGGUCAUUUGUAUCCGAAAAAGAGAACGAACUCAGGAUGAAAUAGAAAGAACAAAACAGUUCUCCAAAGAUGUUGUGGACUUGCUGCGCCACCAGCCCCAUUUCCGAAUGCCCUUUAACAAGUUCAUUCCUUCUUACCACCACCACUUCGGCCGGCAGUGCAAACUUGCAUACUAUGGAUUUACCAAGCUGCUUGAACUUUUGGAAGCCAUACCUGAGAUUUUACAAGUGUUGGAAUGUGGAGAAGAGAAAAUCCUAACUUUGACUGAAGUGGAACGGUUCAAAGCUCUAGCUGCCCAGUUUGUUAAGCUGCUGCGGUCCCAGAAGGGUAACUGCCUUAUGAUGACAGAUCUGUUCACAGAAUAUGCUAAAACUUUUGGUUAUACAUUUCGUCUCCAAGACUAUGAUGUCAGUUCAGUCUCGGCUUUGACACAGAAGCUCUGCCAUGUUGUAAAGGUGGCUGAUAUAGAAUCUGGUAAACAGAUCCAACUUAUCAACCGGAAGUCUCUGCGGUCUCUCACUGCUCAGUUGCUGGUGUUGUUGAUGUCUUGGGAAGGAGAUGCUUAUCUUCCUGUUGAUGAACUCAGGAGACAUUAUGAAACCACUCACAGUACUCCUCUCAACCCCUGUGAAUAUGGAUUCAUGACCUUGACUGAGCUACUGAAGAGUCUGCCUUAUUUAGUAGAGGUUUUUAUGAAUGAUAAGGCAGAAGAGUAUGUGAAGCUCACAAGCCUAUACUUGUUUGCAAAGAAUGUGAGGUCUUUGCUUCAUACCUAUCACUACCAGCAGAUUUUCCUUCAUGAAUUUUCCAUGGCUUAUACCAAAUAUGUUGGAGAAACACUACAGCCCAAAACUUAUGGCUACAAUAGUGUGGAGGAGCUGCUGGGAGCCAUCCCACAGGUGGUCUGGAUAAAAGGACAUGGUCAUAAGAGAAUUGUAGUGUUAAAGAAUGACAUGAAAAACCGCCUAAGCUCGUUUGACCUUUUCCCUGUCAAUCAUGAAGACCAGCCUGCAAUCGGCAGGCAGAUCCUGGAGGUGCCAGGAUCCCACCUAGCCUCAGAACUCCAGCUCGGAACAGGACCCAACCAGAUGGAGCAGGAGCUUCUGCACCUGGCCAACAGCUCCCCUGUUGACCUUCUUUGUGCUCCUGUCCCUUCAUGCCUGCCAUCCCCUCAGCUAAGACCGGAUCCUGUCAUCCUGCAGCCCACUGAUCUCAUUCAGUUUGAGGAACACCCUCAAGAGCCUUUGGGCUGGAUACUGGAGGUGCAGAGAAAUGAACACAGUAAGACCUGGGUCCACUCAAGGGAGCGUCACUGGAGCUUUCAUCUGAGCAGUACAGCUCUGCAGUGAAGUCCCUUUCUUUGGUAAUCCUACUUCGCAAGGAGAUUCAGUUAUUCCAAGCUCUGCUCUUACCUGUCUCCCUCACUUGGAUACAAGGUUUACAUAAUCCAUUUCCCAGCACCUGCCAAGGACAGCAUUGACCAAUGGAAUUACCUCAUACAUCCACAAGUUGAAACUUUCCUGAUUUUGUUUACUAAAUUAACUGGCCUCAGCACUCUGGACCAGCCAUGGCGCUCACCUGCUGCCUUGUGCAGGACAGCUGAAGACUUCUGGGGCCUGAACCCAACUCCAUCACUUACAUGUUAUAUGACUUUGAGUUCAUCCCUUCUCCAUCCUGAGCCUCCGUUUCCCCAUCUACCAACUGGGGAUGAUGGCCCUACUGCCCCGCAGUAUCGCAGUGAGAGGAAGCUUUUGACUGGGCUUCACUCUGCACAGUCUUCCUUCUCUAGCAGUUCUGCUCAGUUUGUAUCUAUCCCUUUAAGUCAGCGUGAAGGUAGGACUGGGAAGAGGGUGCAGAAAAGGAUUGGAUUGUGAAAAAGCUGGCCUGGGUCCCUGGACUUUCCCACUGUGCCUGUGGGAAGGCACAGGAGUUGUAUCAAGCAGCAGACCUGGUUAUAUCAGUGCUUUACAAAGAUCAUUUCAGCUGUAGAGCACAGAAUGAUUUGUCUAGAGGCAGAGAUGUGGGAAGAGGGCUGGCUGGUGAGAAACUCGAGAUGUCCUUGGCAGGGCAAUGGUGUGUAAAGAUCUAGGAGACAUGGCAACAGAGAGGGUGGCUAGGAGCCCAGGACUGAAGGAAGUCUGUGGUCUCCGCAUCAAGAAGAAAGGCUGGGGGGUACAGAAAGGUAAGCUGCAUAGAAGAGCACUGCUUUCCUUUCCACCGUGAACAUGGCUUAGGAAGAACCUGCAGGCUGCUGUGCAAUGAUGAAUAAUAAAAGGUUAAUGAGGGGUUGUAGUUGACAAAGCAAUGACAGUGGCUACCAUAGGAGAGGCCACACUCUACAGAUACUUAUGAAGUAGGUGCUAGAGACAUAGCAAUUGAAUAGAAAUGAGAAAUAGGUCAAUGACAAGAGGACAUAUCCUAGGAUAACCGUGGGCAGCUGGGGACAGGGGAUAUCCUUCCCUAACAUGGAAAUACUUAGAAGAAAACUAGUAAUAAGUUAGGCCAAGACAACUGAUUUUUUUCCAAAGAUUUAUUAGUGUGUUGGGGCACAGUUGGAGCUGGGAUAUUCUUAUAUGCAAUUUGAGUGUGAAGAUCAAAGAAUUUUUAGGAAUCAGUUCUCUCCUACAGAAGCUCCUCCUCAGGUCACCAGGCUUGUGAGGCAAACAUUUGGACUACAGAGACAUCCCGUCAGCCUGAAGUUGUUGAAUUUCAUCAAGUCCCAGAGAGUAAAUAUUUCAGGACUUGGAGGCCAUGUGCUUGCUCUUUAAUACUCAUCUCUACCAUUUAGCACAGAAGCACCCAAAGAUCAUCUGUGACUGAGUGUGACUGCCUUUUUUCCAAUAAACUUUAUUUAUGAGGGCAAGAGAGGUUUUGCAAUGUUCAGGAAUACUGGCUUCUCUUCCAGAGGACCUAAGAUCAAUUCACACGGCAGUAACAGCUGUAAUAACUCCAGUCCCAGGGAAUUUAAUACCCUCUUUUGCUCUCUGUAGGCACUACAUGCAGGCAAUGCACAAAUAACAUGCAGGCCAAUACCCAUAUACAUAAAAUAAAGGUUUUAAAAAACUUUAUUUACAAAGACAGAAGGCAGGCAUGCUUUAGAUGGCAACUUGCCAAUCCUUGUUUUAGGAUAUGUUAUUUUAAUGUGCAUCUUAUAUUCCAGUGUUGAUUCAGGGCAAAUGUGAGUUUAGGAGGGAUAUCUAAGUAAAAAAACAGGUCUAGCAGUGCAGUUGGCUAUCCAAGAUGUCUGAGAUGUGGAAAAGAGAAAAGACUAGACUGGCAAGGAUCUCCAAGACCAGAAAGUCUAUAACCCUGGCAUUAAAGAAGAAAGAACCAGGGCAGCUACAAGUCAGAAACAGCCUGUGGUCAAGCUGGUCUAGGAACUCAAUUUAACUGACCAGAGGUACAUGACAAGAGAUCAUUUAAGAGGAAGCCAGAAAGAUGGCUCAGCAGUUAAGAGUGUCAUUUUGUAGAGGACUCAGUGUUGCUCAGUUCCCAGCUCUCAACUUCCUAUAACUCCAUCUCCAGAGAGAUAACACUCUGACACCCUCCUUCUGGCCUCCAUAGUUACCUGUACACAUGCAACAUAUACAUACAUAUACAUAUAAACACAUACCUGUAAAUAAAAAUGAAAAGUUCAAAAUUAAAUGAGUAAAAUAAAGGGGACUGAAGAGAGGUGCUCCUGGGAGGUAGGAAGCACACCUAGACACUGAGGUAAAGCAUGCGUGUGUAUCACAGGCACCAGAGACCAUGAGGCUGACUGAUGUGCACCAGCCAGAUAUAGCCUAAUGAUUAUGUUCCUGAUGAGAGGAGGUAGCUUUGAGAGAGCGUCAAAGAACAGAUUAAUAGGUUCAAGAAGUUUGCCAGUGGCUCAGUAGUAGAGCACUAACAUGAACAAGUCCCAGCCCCAGAAGAAAAACAGAUACAUUCAGAAGGUAACUGGAGAUUAGGAAGAUGGACAUGGCAAGUCUAUGGCCACCUCUAAAGAAGCAAGCUAGGAAGAUGCUGAGAAAGAUGGUAGUGAGAGCAGAGAGGUAUUUGCUUAAAUGGAAGACGUGUUUAAAUGCAAUAAGAAGAAAAUGGACUGUCAGGGAUAGAGGAGCACAAAGAAUGGAAGAUUAUUCCCCACUAGCUGCCACAGGACUUGAGCCAUGGGGCCCUUCCAUUUCCUCAGCUGUACCGUGGUAUGGAUAGUAAUAGGAACUACCUGAUGGGAGAUGCCCACAAGUUGAUGUGCGUAUGUUACUUAGUGCAACAAAUAGGAUUCUUGUUGCCAUCCUACCUGAUGCCUUCCAGAAGGAUCAAGUCUGGGUAUGGAGGGUCCCAUGAUUUUCAAGAUUCCCCAGCUUUGUAGCCCUGAUGAUCGGAGAUCAUCAUCUCUCAAUUUCAUCUGGUCCUGUCCUGCUUAAAGUCCAAAUAAAUGUUUAUGUUACAGCUUUUAUAGCUUUGUAUAUGAGAUACACUGUGUGUGUGGGUGCACAUGUGCAAAGGUUCCCACUGGAUGUCAGAGGACAACUUUCAAGAGGCAAUUUUCUCUCUUGAGGCAGGGUCUCUCUUGUCUGCUAUGCUGUGUAUUUCAGGCUAGCUGACCAGAGAGCUUCUAGUUGAGGGUCUUGUUCUGGCUUCUCCUCUCCUGUAGGAGUGCUGGGAUUGCUAAUGCCUUCUAUCUAAUCUGGAUAUUUAGGUGGGUGUGGUGGUUUGAAUGAGAUGUCCCCCAUAAGUUUUGUGCCUUUGAAUACUUGGCUUAUAUUUGAUGGCUGUUUGGUGGGAAAGGGGUUGGGAGGUGUGGCUUUGCUGGAGGAAUUACGUCAUGAAUGUGGGCUUUGAGGGCCAAAAGACCCCUACCAUUCCUGGUGUGCUUUUUGUUCCCUCUUGUAGUUCAAGAUGUGAACUCUCAUCUGUUCCUGCCACAAUGCCUCACUGCACCGCCAUGAA